AUGGUUCAUGUAACUCAUAUCGGUGAUAAAGAUAUGUUUUUUAACAAUGCUUCAGCAAAAGAACAGGAUUUGAAAACAAUGAUUUCUCCGCAUAUACCAGAAGAAAAUGAAUUACAUGUUUUGGAAACGGAAAAUCGCGAAGGAGUUCCUACCGUUUCACCACGGCCAGAUAAGCGUGCAUCUAGUAUUAAAAAUCAGACUGUAAAAGCUCCACUAAGUUCACCAUCAACACGUCAACCUCCACCACCACCACCACCACGACCACUGAUUAAAAAAGAUUCGUAA